AUGUAUCCAUUAUAUAAAAAAGUUUUUGGAAAUAAAACAAUUUCAAAAUUAAUUUUCAAGAAUAUAAGAAAAAUUCAAAGAUUUAAAAGUAUAACUAUUGAAUCACCUUCAUCACCAUUACCACUAUCAGAUAUUCAUGGCUAUGGUCAAGUUAAAUCUUAUUCAAAUAUAACAUUUGAAUAUAUGGUUUUCAAUUGGAUGAUAGAUUUAUUACAUGAUAAAAUCGUUAAAAAUAAUGAAGAUUUAAAUUUUAAUAAUAAUAAUAAUAAUAAUAAUAAUAAUAAUAAUAAUAAUAAUAAUAAUUCUCAACCAUAUCACUACCAACUUAAAGGAUCACAAUCACAUGAAAUAUUAUUAAAAAAUUUAAAACCAAAUGAUGAAAAUUCAAAACAACUUUUAAAAUCAUUUUUUAAAAAAUAUUGUGACCGUAAUUCUAUUUUAAAGAAAUUAACAGAAUAUAAUAAUCCAUUAUUAACAAAAUUAGUAUUAAAAGAUUAUUUAAAUGAUUUUAAACCUGUAAAAAAUAAUAAUAAUAAUAAUAAUAAUAAUAAUAAUAAUAAUAAUAAUAAUAAUAAUAAUAAUAAUAAUAAUAAUAAUAAUAAUAAUAAUAAUAAUAAUAAUAUUAAUAAUAAUAGCUAUUUUUAUAAAUCAGUUCCAAAUGAAUUAUUAUUUAAUUUAAUUUUACAACAAGGUGAAAUCAAAUUAGUUAAACAAGUUUUGAAUGGUAAAUAUAAAGAGUUAAAGUUGAACCAAAUGUCAAUUCAUUAUGCACUUAAAUCAACAUUAAAGAAUGAAAUCAUUCAAUAUAUUAUUAAUAAUAAUAGAAAAGAAUUAUCUCAACUUUAUUUAAAAUCAAAUAAAUGCAUUGUUGGUUCUCGUAGACUAUUUUUAUCAAUAUUUGUUCCACCACCUACAACAACUACUACUACAACAAAUACAAAUUCAACAAAUACAAAUUCAACAAUAAAUGCUACAUCACCACCACAUACACCAAAAUUAUCAUCAUCACCAUUAUUAACAACAACCACAACACCACCAGCAUCACCAACACAAUCAAGAAUACCACUUGUAAGAACUCUUACACAAUUACCAUCAAGGAUACCACUCGUAAGAACACAAACUCAAUUACAAACAAAGAUACAACCAAAAUCACCACAACCACAACCAACAGCAGCACCUGAACCACAAAAACCACCAACACCAUCAAUUGUUAAAAACCAAAUGCAUUCUCAAAUUAAUAUAACACCACAAACAAAAGAUUAUAUUGAAAUUGGUGAAAUGAUUGGAUUUGAAUUUCGUAUCUUUUUAGAAUUAUUUGAAGUUACUUUUCCAAAUGUACCAAAAUUUAGAAUUACAGAAUCAUGUGUUGAUUCAUUAAAAGAGUUGGUAUUAAAAAGAUCAAUUGAAAAUCAAAAUAAUAAAUCAAUCUAUUCCUUUGAUGUACUUUUUGAUAUAUUUAGAAUUACACUUCACUUAGUUUUAAUUGGAUGUUUAAAAUUAAUUGGUGAUCAUGAAAAUAAUAAUUAUAAUAAUAAUAAUAAUUAUAAUAACAAUAUUAAUAAUAUUAAUUAUAAUAAUAAUAUUAAUAAUAAUAGUUAUAAUAAUAUUAAUAAUAAUAAUUAUAAUAAUAAUAACAAAACAACUACUACAACUACAACAACUACUACAACCACAACAGCCAAUUCAAAUAAAUCAAAAACAAAUAAAAACAAAAACAAUAAUAAUAAUAAUAAUAAUAAUAAUAAUAAUAAUAAUAAUAAUAAUAAUAAUAAUAAUAAUAAUAAUAAUAAUAAUAAUAAUAAUAAUAAUAAUGAAAAAAAUAUUAUAAAUAAUGAUAAUAAUAUUAAUAAUAAUGAAAUUGAUAUUUCAAAAGAUAAAAAAGAUCUUGUUAAAUUUAGAGCAAUUUUUAAUCAAAUAAAUAAUUUAAGACAAACUUAUUUAUUUAAAAAAAAGAAUCAAGAAUUUGAAAUUGAAAUUAAGAAAUUAUUCUUUUUAGAUUUCAUUCCAUUGUUUGGGUUUAAUGAAAAAUUGUUAUUUGAAAAGUCAUGUUUAAAAAUUGAUUUAUUACAUGAAGAAAAGAAAUAUGGUUGGAUAAUUGGCCAAGAAGAACAACCAAAUACUCUUUUUAUAAAGGAACAAUUAAUUAAAUCAUCCUAUGAAAAAUUAGAUGCAAAUCUAUUUGGACUAUCUGUAUUUUUAUUUGGUAUUGAAAGAUUUUCUUCAGGUAGUCAAUGGUUUUCAUAUCCAAAUAAAAUUGUAAAUAAUAAAAUUACCAAUGGUCCUUAUAAUGGUAAUUUAGAUAAACAAAUUCAAUUUUUAGAAGGUAUGAUAGAAAAUUGUAAAACUUAUAAAUUAUUUGAUAGAAAUGAAACAAUUGGUAUAAUUGAAGCAAUUCUUAAUUCCAUUGUUAUAACUAUACAAAAUAAUAAUGAUAAUAAUAAUAAUAAUAAUAAUAAUAAUAAUAAUAAUAAUAAUAAUAAUAAUAAUAAUAAUAAUAAUAAUAAUAAUUAUAAUAUAAUUUCAAUAUUUGAAAAGAAAAUUCAAAAAUUAUUAGGAAAUUGUCCAAUUAAAGUUGGUGCACAUUCACUAUUUCAUAGUUUAGAAUUAAUUGAAUUUUGUUUCAAUAAUUGUAGAGAUUUAAUUAACUUCUCAUGUUGUGAUUCAAUGAAUACACUUUAUAGAGAUUCAAAGUUUUUAAGUAUAAUUGAAUUUUAUCAUAGAAAUAAUUUAUUCUUUGGAAACUGUUCAAUGGAAAUUGGAAAAUCAAGAAAAAGAUCAAUCGCUGAAAAAAUAUAUAGUUUUGGUUACCGUUUCUCAAAUAAUUUAAUACCAUUAGCUGUUUACAAUGAUAGAGAAUCUGGUUAUUUAUUUUAUUAUGCAGUUGAAAAAUUUAUAAUUGAAAAAUUAUUUAAUGGUGAUGGUAGUGAUUAUGACGAAAGUAAUUGUAGUAGUAGUAGUAGCUCAAGUGAAUCUAAUGGUAUAGAUAGUGGUAGUGAAAGUGGAAGAGGUAGAUGUAGAAGUAAUACUACCAAUAAUAGUAAUAAUAUUAAUAAUAGUAGUAAUAACAAUCAAAGAUUUCAAUUACACUUUUUAUUAUCAGGAAAUUCAAUUCCAAGAGUUAUUAAAAGAAAUGAAAUAUUUUUACCAACAAAUUCAAAAUUAAAAUGGUUUAAUCUAUUAUUGUCAAGUUGUGGUGAAUUAUUUACAUAUUUCCCAUCAAAUGAAGGUUUAUGUUCAGAUUUUGAUACUCCAAAAACAAACUUCAAUUUAAAUUAUGAAGAAUUUUAUAUUUUAAAAUUUAUAACUCCAUUUUUGUAUAAGAAAUUCAAAAAUUCAUUUUCAAUUAAAAAAGAUUUUUAUCAUUAA